GUUCCCUCUGGGCCGUCUCGCUUCGCCGUAACCCUAAGCAGGUCGCUCGUCGGCGCGGAAGAUGACUUUCAAACGCAGGAACGGCGGGCGCAACAAGCAUGGCCGCGGCCACGUUAACUUCAUACGCUGCUCCAACUGUGGGAAGUGCUGCCCCAAGGACAAAGCAAUCAAGAGGUUUCUUGUGAGGAACAUAGUAGAGCAGGCAGCCGUGAGGGACGUGCAGGAGGCUUGUGCAUAUGAUGGAUACACUCUUCCUAAGCUAUACAUCAAGGUGCAGUACUGCGUGUCUUGUGCAAUUCACUCAAAAGUUGUAAGGGUGAGGUCUCGCACCAAUAGAAGGAACCGUGAACCUCCACAGCGUUUCAGACGACGGGAUGAUCAGACAAGGCCUGGCCAAGGACCACCUCGCCCUGCCGGAGCUCCUGGAUCCGGCCCUGCACCUCCCCGUCCAUGAUAAGUGGCAAAAGGCGAAGCGCCCCUGCCAGCCUUUCCCGUCCAUUAUGAAUGGCUUCGUUGUGUUGGAUUUGAUAGUUUCUUAGAAAAAUAUUUGCAUUUGAUGGGUUAUCAUUUCUAAUCAAACUUUGAUUGUCACUCUUCUUUCUGGUUAUUCUUGUAGUGUCUUUUCUUGUUUGUUGAACGUCAGUAUGAACUCUGCACUUUUUAUCUGAACAAUGUCAUUCUCGUGUGUUUAUUUUGUAUUAUUGUCAUUUUAGUUAAACGGAGAUUGAGAAUAAAUUUAGUGUUCAUAA